GCUCCGUCUAUUAUUCAUUGAGCCGCCACCUUCAACUGUACAUUCGCUAGAGCUUGAUUCGCAGUGUCGGCAAGCAGACGGUACAUACGCCACGCGAAAAUAAUUCCAGUGUAUACCAAAAUGACUCGCGCUUCCGUCCCCGUCUUGGUGUCGUUGAUGCUACUGACGGGCGUUUGCAAUACACUGCUCACCAAGUAUCAGGACAUGCAAUGUGUCGCCGACUGUGAGACUACUCAACCGAAGCUAUUCGAGCAGCCGGUCUUACAGACCCUGCAGAUGUUUGUCGGUGAAGCCGCCUGUUGGCUGGUUAUCCUACUCAAUCUCGUCUUCCAACGUCUCCGCUCGAAAUCGACAACAGCCAGUGGGGACGCGUACCAGUCGGUGGCCACCGAAGAUACGGAAGAGGAGGAGCGAGGACUGCUGAAUGAAGAUGGAUCACACCCUGACAACCUGAGCGCCUCACAGACCGUCGUAGACCCAACAAACAUCGUUGCCAAAGCAUUGACGGAUGCCGAUCAUGCUGCAGUAGAGCGACAGCCGCUCACUGGGAAGAAGAUCCUGCUCCUGGCUGGCCCGGCCAUUUGCGACAUCCUCGGUACCACGCUGAUGAACGUUGGCUUGCUAUUUUUGGCCGCCUCCAUCUACCAAAUGCUUCGAGGCACUUGCAUCUUGUUUGUCGGACUCUUUUCUGUGUUAUUCCUCAAGAGACAUCUGAGUGGGAUGAAAUGGGCGAGCUUGUUCAUUGUUGUUACUGGAGUAGCCAUUGUUGGGCUUGCUGGUGCUCUCGGGUCCAAGUCGCAUGGGCCAGACUAUCCAGGAGAGGCGGACGGAACCGAGGGAUUGGACCUGGUGUCGCGCGCUGCCAUCUUCAUACGAUCGGACGUCUUCGUGACCGAAGCGCAUACUGCAGCUCAGACCGUGUUGGGCCUCUUUUUGAUUGCGGCGGCACAAGUACUGGCUGCUGCCCAAUUCGUGCUAGAAGAGAGCAUCAUGGAGCGUUACUCGAUGGAGCCGAUUCAGGUAGUCGGCUGGGAGGGCGUCUUUGGCUUUUGCAUCACCCUUAUUGGAAUGGGCAUACUCCAUGCGGCAAUCGGACAAACACCGGGAGGAAGAGGCGGGUACUUCGAUGCGCGCGAAGGAUUUUAUCAGAUGUUCCACUAUCGGUCGAUAGGAAUAUCGUCCAUCUUGAUCAUGAUCUCGAUUGGUGGCUUCAAUUUCUUCGGACUGAGCGUAACCCGCAGCUUGUCGGCCACGGCGCGCAGUACCAUCGACACUUGCCGGACGCUUUUCAUCUGGAUCGUCUCUCUCGGCCUUGGUUGGGAGACAUUUAAGUGGCUCCAGGUUCUUGGCUUCGUUCUGCUCGUGUACGGAACUUUCUUGUUCAACGACAUCGUGCGCCCUCCCACCUUGGCGUUUUUCCGCCGACGUGGUCGUGGGCCCAUUGCGCUUGAGGACGACGAUGAGCGAGCAUGAUUUUGGCUCGUUGGAACCAA